AUGUCGUCGCGCCAGCCCAGGUUCAACCAGCAAGCCCUCAUCGACACCACCCCUCUACCCGACGACAUCCCCAAGGUCAAAGAGCUCGGAGCCAGUUCUGCGCCCCUCCUAAGUGCCUCGUUCUUCAUUGGCGCGCGAUGCAAGGCCUACAACGAUGAUUACAUGAUGUGCAAGACUGAGGCCAACGGCCGGGGAGAGUUCGACUGUAUGAAGGAGGGCCGUAAGGUCACCAGGUGUGCGGCUAGCGUUAUCAAGGACAUCAACGAGAACUGCCUGGCAGAGUUCCGCACCCACUGGCAAUGCCUAGAGAACCACAACCAGCAACUCUGGAACUGCCGGUCAGAAGAGCGCAAGCUGAACAAGUGUGUGUUCGAAAAGCUGAAAUUGGAGAAGACGAUACCAGAUGCGCCCAAGGUUCUCGCCAUCUCGGCUGCAGCUACUCCUUACGGCUUCCCUUCUCUCACCCAAAGCCACCAUCUACUUCUCCGUCAUCAUACCUUUGACAUCCUUGUAGCACGUUUCUUGAGUAUCUACUACUCUAGUUGUCGCUCUGGUUCCAUUACGCGUGUUAUCGGAUCAGUCAUGUCCAACCCCUUCUGCGAUAACUAUGUAGACGACGCCUCUACUCCGCCCACCUCACCAAUCUCCGAUGGCAUAUCCGAGCCUAUCGAUUGGAAUAACCGUAACUUGGUGUAUCUUCUCAGCGUCUUGAGACCCGAAGAGGUUGCAGCCGAUAUACUCGUCUUCGAUCCUCCACUUGAGGUUCUAGAGGAUCUUACAUACCCCUUCCAUCUGCAGAUCCACAAGAAGGCUAUCUCCAACCGCACCGACAGUUGUCCAUAUUCCAAGGACGCUCCCAUCUGCACUGGGCGCCCUCAACCAUGCACGUUGGUUGCUGAAUCAAACCGCGAGUGCUUGAGCCCAGAACUCGCUCGUCGCUCCCUCGCUUACGAUCUGCUCUCUAAUAUCGAGCUCGUCGACGCUACCAUUGCCAGAUACAACGCACUUUGGUUCAUUCAUAGCAGCGAUGUGGCUACAUUGGAGUCUAUACUACGCGCCAUGUGCGAGAUGAUCACUAUUGCAGACGACGAGUGGCAGGGUCGCCUCGAUCAGCUGUGCGGCAUGGCCGCUGGAGACUACACUGGCCAGUGUGUCGAUGGAGACUGUUCCGCGGAGACACGUCUGGAGUUCCAUUUUCUAAUGACAGGCAGGAUUGCUUUGGAGGAUUGGAUCCGGUGUGUCGGUGCUUGCUUGGGCAUGGACCCUGAGAAAGAAAGGGCAGCGCACGCAGAGGUGUACGAUGAGGCAGGCAGCUUCCUCGCUAGGGCAUUCUAUCAGAUGACAGGUUAG